AUGUCAGGCGCCACUAGUCUCACCGUGAAUUCAAAGCUGCGCAGUCCCUUCUACGCUGGACGUGGAUCAAGCUAUUUGGAUAUCGUACCAGAGGAGGACGAAUACGGGGACGAGGACGAGGACGGCUUUUCCGAGGCUGAGCUGGAGAGCUUCGCGAAGAUGGACGAUAUAAUGGAUCCCCAGCCCAAGAUCUCCAAGUCGCGGUCCAUGCCGGGUGACGUCGACCAGAUGGGCCCGGCCAAGGAGGAAAGUGCGAAGCGAUACUCGAUGGACUCGAAGCGGAGCAGCUAUCUCCAGACCCCCUACAACGAUGGCGAGGCAGUAGACUACCUGUCUGUCAUAUCGACUAAUACAAACGGCUACAACACACCCUCGACACCUGGCCUCACCCGGAGCUCGAGUCAAACGGAGCUCAGCAACUUUGACGCCUUUGGCAACAACGACUUUCCUCCCGUCGAUCGCCUGACCAUGUUCGACAUACUGGAGAACCUCGCGCUACCACAACGACUGGAGAAGAUGCAGAAUGUAGUGCACAACCAGGCCGAGAAGGUGCGAAGGCAACGCGCCAAGCUGGCCUCGAGGGCGUUGUCAAGCAAGAACAAUUUGGUGGAAGAGUGGCGGAAGAGAGUCAAAGUGCGACCCGAAGAACAACUCGACAAGUAUCGAAAGCGCAUGCGAGAGUCGGUGGACAGACUGGGCAGACGAUGGACUGAUGCCAAGACUGUGACUUUGAAGGAGAAGAUAUCUUUUGUGACCGCCGUGCUGAACAUCUUCAUCUCCGCAUACAUGAUUGGUGCAUAUCCGCAGUACUUCCACUACUGGUACUCGUUACAGCUUGCCUACUUCAUGCCCCUGCGAUGGUAUAGCUACCAAAAAAUCGGCUUCCACUACUUCCUAGCCGACCUCUGCUACUUCGUCAACCUGUUACUCAUCCUCGCCAUCUGGUUCUUCCCUCAAUCAAAACGCCUCUUCAUCAGCACAUACUGCUUGGCCUUUGGCAAUAAUGCAGUGGCGAUAGCAUUCUGGCGGAACAGCUUGGUAUUCCACAGUCUAGACAAGACGACAACCCUCUUCAUCCACAUCAUGCCCUGCGCCACCCUCCACGUCCUCGUCCAUCUCAUCCCCGAAUCAAUGCAACUCGAGCACUUCCCCGCAAUCCACACAAUCAAAUACUCCCUCCCCGGCGCCCCGGAACACUACAGCCUCUGGGAUAUGAUGAUCUGGGCCACGCUCCCCUACGCCGUCUGGCAACUAAGCUACCACUUCCUCAUCACCGUCCGCAAACGGAGCAAAAUCGCCGCGGGACGCCCAACCUCCUUCUCCUGGCUCCGCCGAAGCUAUCGCGGGAAUUUCCUCGGCAAAUUCGUCCUGAGCUUUCCGGAGAAUUUCCAGGAAUAUGUCUUCAUGGGCAUCCAGUAUACCUACGCCAUCAUGACCAUGAUGCCCUGUCCGAUCUGGUUCUGGUACCGAUGGGCGUCGGCGGGGUUCAUGAUGAUCGUUUUCACGUGGGCGAGUUGGAAUGGAGCGACAUAUUAUAUUGAUGUUUUUGGGAAGAGGAUGGAGAAGGAGUUGGAGAGUUUGAGGAAGGAGGUCCAGCGCAUGGCGAAGAGUCCGGAGAUGGUGGGGCAGGAGGGCGGGGGGAGUCCGUUCAUGAGUCCGCAAGGGCCGACGGGGAUGGAUGGCGCGAGUGUGGGUGGUGGUGGUGGGGGGGUGGGGAGGAGUAGUGCGUUGGAUCUUGGACCGGCGGCUACGAAUGAGAGUCUUGAUGGUCGACGUCAUCAUACCCGUGUUGGCAGCGACGAUAGUGGUAUUUGGGCGCAGUAUGCUGGGCAGCAUCAUACUCAACACUCACAGCAGCAACAGCAGCAGGGUAUGGACGGUGGUGGAGGAUUGGCUAGUGCGCCCGAGACGCCCGGGUUGGAGCUGAAGAAGGCUCCGCUUGAUAGUGCACUGAAUGGUGGUGGUGGGAAGAAGUUGGGUGGACAUAGGGUUAAUGGGAGUUUGACGGAUGCUAGUAUUACGGAUGCUAGUACGACGGAUGGGGAUGGGGAUGGGGAUGUGAGUUUUGCGGAGAGCGUGACUAGUACUGAGGAAGAAGGGUGA